ACUUGGUAAAUGCUAUUCAAGGCAAAAUAAUGCUGCUACUAAUAAUAAAUAAUAAUUAAAUUAAUUUUAAGAAAAUAAAAUAAAAUCCUAAUUAUUUGUUCGAUUUCGUCGUUUGCUCUGAUGGCGACGAGAUAACGAAUCUUCCUCCCUGAAUAGAUCCCAUAGAACCUCAUCGUUGACAGAAAAAUAAUUACGUUGCAAAAGGAAGUGUUUCUUCUCCGAAUUUUCGCGACCGUGAAAGGUUUCGGCGGUCGAGCUUCACGUGAGUUCACAGAAUCGAGAUCGGUCCCUGGCGACGUCGUUUUCGAAUUAGGGUUUUCAUCGAAGAAAAUGGAGCUUUGAUUUAGUACUUUUUCACUCUCGUUUCGGAAAAAUUUGAAAUGAAUUCGGACGUGGAUUAGCCUGAGAGUAUCGGAUGCGUGAUGCUUCUGUAUCGCGGGAAAAUUCGAAGUUCAGUUAUUUUGGAGUAAAGAAGAAUCGCUGGGACUUUCCGAAAGAGGGUUUUUUGGGGGGCUUUCUUUGCAAAAUUCUGGUAACAGCAGGACAUGGCAACUCCAGUUGAGCCUCCAAAUGGUAUUCAUUACCAAGGAAAGCAUUACUAUUCCAUGUGGCAAACGUUGUUCGAAAUCGACAUCAAAUAUGUGCCCAUCAAGCCUAUUGGUAGAGGGGCUUAUGGUAUCGUUUGCUCUUCUGUGAACCGGGAAACCAAUGAGAAAGUUGCCAUUAAAAAGAUACACAAUGCCUUUGAAAAUCGUGUCGAUGCGCUGAGAACGUUGCGUGAAUUGAAGCUACUUAGGCAUCUCAGACAUGAUAAUGUGAUUGUUUUGAAAGAUGUCAUGAUGCCGAUUCAUAGGAGAAGCUUCAAGGAUGUUUAUCUGGUUUACGAACUUAUGGAUACAGAUUUGCAUCAGAUUAUUAAGUCUUCUCAAGCUCUUACAGAUGAUCACUGUCAGUAUUUCCUCUUCCAGUUGCUUCGAGGCCUGAAGUAUCUUCACUCAGCAAACAUUCUCCACCGUGACCUGAAGCCUGGAAACCUUCUUAUCAAUGCAAAUUGUGACCUUAAAAUUUGUGACUUUGGACUAGCACGCACAAGCAAUGCCAAGGGUCAAUUCAUGACAGAGUAUGUUGUCACUCGCUGGUACAGGGCCCCUGAGCUUCUUCUCUGCUGCGACAACUAUGGAACAUCCAUUGAUGUGUGGUCUGUUGGAUGCAUCUUUGCAGAGCUUCUUGGCAGGAAACCCAUCUUCCCUGGUACAGAGUGUCUCAACCAACUUAAGCUUAUCAUCAACAUCCUUGGCAGCCAGAAGGAGGAGGAUCUUGAAUUUAUAGAUAACUCUAAGGCAAGGAAAUACAUCAAAUCACUCCCAUAUUCUCCUGGAACCCCCUUUUCCCGUCUCUAUCCAAAUGCCCAUCCUUUGGCAAUUGAUUUACUGCAAAAGAUGCUUCUUUUUGACCCCUCAAAAAGGAUUGGUGUAACUGAAGCACUCCAACACCCUUACAUGGCACCCUUGUAUGAUCCCAACAGCAAUCCUCCAGCCCAGGUGCCAAUCGACCUUGACGUAGAUGAGGAUUUAGGUGAAGAGAUGAUCAGGGAGAUGAUGUGGAAGGAAAUGCUUCAUUACCAUCCUGAAGCUGCUACAUCCAAUGGUGAGGUGUGCGCCUAAUCUUUUCCUCUUCUUGGUUCUGCAAUCAAGCCUACGAGGUUGUUUCACUACUGACGAGCAGGGUUUUCCUUUUUGGUGGUAUUAGUUGUUACAUUUAUGUCUUUGCGACUCCUCUAUGGUUUUAAUAAUGUUGGAGAACGUAUGUGAUGUAUAAGUGGUCCGCUGAUGAUUGAUGAUAGAACUAAAUUUUGUGUCAAGAGCUUGUUUAGGAGCUUGAGCUCUUUACUGUAGAUGCCUGUUUCCUUUUGAAAAAACUUGUACAUAAGGUUGCUGUUGUAUGUGUCUAACUCUCUGAGAACUUACUUAUUUUUUAUGUAAAUUAAGUGUAGACAUCAAGAACUAUCAUUAUCAGCAGUGUAAUUUAUUUGUAUGAAAGCAAAUACUCUUUCCA